AUGGCUCGCUGCUCACUGCUGCUGGGCGUGGCUGCGCUACUGUGCGUUUUGUGUGCCGCCUCUGCGGCUUCCGGCUCCUCGCCGGCGGACUACCUCGUUACCUCCAUCCCCGGCUAUGAGGGGCGAGAUCUUCCCUUCCGCAACUACGCUGGCUACAUCACCGUAGAUGAGGAUCAUGGACGCAAGCUCUUCUUCUGGUUUGCCGAGAGCCAGCGCAACCCCGCCUCCGACCCCUUGGUGGUGUGGCUGAACGGUGGUCCGGGCUGUUCGUCGCUCAUCGGCGCGACCCAAGAGCACGGGCCGUUGCGUCCCAACGGCAACCCGCAGGGCGGCGUCGAGGAGAACAAGUGGAGCCUCAACCGAGUGGCGAACAUGCUGUUCAUCGAGGCCCCUGCCGGCGUGGGCUUCUCCUAUUCCGACACGCCCAGCGACUACAUCACCAACGACAACAAGACCGCGGUGGACAACUACGCGUUCCUGCGCAACUGGCUCAACGUGUUCCCCCACUACCGCUUCCACGACCUGUGGAUCACCGGCGAGAGCUACGGCGGCGUCUACGUGCCCAUGCUCGCGGACCAGGUCAUCAACGGGCCCGACGCGGGGCUCAAGGCGCAGCUGAAGGGCCUGAUGCUGGGCAACCCGGUCAUCGACUGCCCCAACUACGGCAUCAUCGUCAACAACCUCCCUCUGCAGGUCGAGCUCUACUACUGGCACGGAACGGUGAGUAUUUCGGACUACCUCACGUGGCACGCCACCGGCUGCGACGAGGUCAAGGAGGAGUACCCCGCCAAGUGCCACAUGCUCUUCGCGCAGAUCGUGCUGGCCACCGGCAACAUCGACGGCGACGACCUCUACAGCAACUACUGCACUGGCAACAGCUCGCUCGAUAUCUUUGAGCAGACCCCGAACUGCCUGCGCUUUGAGACGGUGGCGAACCGCUGGCUCAACGCGAUCCACGCCCGUGUGGGCACCAAGUGGACCGAGUGUAGCCGCGCGCUCAACUACACCAUGCAGAAGCAGAACAUGCUCGUCUACCUGCAGGAGUUCUUCGUGAAGAGGCCCGACCUCAAGAUCCUCUACUACUCCGGAGAUGUCGACAUUGCCACCGUGCCCUUCGCCUACACUCAGUACUGUCUCAAUGGCCUGCACCGCCCCAUCGUCAAGCGGUGGAAGCCGUGGUAUGCUCCCGGCGUGCAGGCGGUGGCGGGCUACAGCGAGGUGUUCGACAGGUACACCUUCGUCACCAUCAGGGGCGCCGGACACGAGGCGCCGAUGUACCAGCCUGCCCUGGCCUACCACGUAUUCUCCAACUUCCUCCAGUCGGGUGCCCUGCCCGAGGUAGCGCCUCAGCGCAGGCCCGCCAUGGCCAGGCGCCAGUGGUGA